AUGCACCCCCUCCUCACCCUAAAAACAGAGCUAAAGCAGAAGGCUAUGCUGUUCUGCUGUGUGCCAGGUGGUAUCUCCAGGGAACGAGAGCGUGAGCUGUAUGGGCCCAAGAAGAGAGGACCUAAGCCUAAAACUUUUCUCCUGAAGGCUCGGGCCCAAGCGGAGGCCCUCCACAUUGGGGAUGUACACUUUUCUGUCAAGCCUGGUUCCAGCACCUCCUCUCCCAAGCUCCACUCCAGCGCUGCAGUGCACCGGCUCAAGAAAGAUAUCCGUCGAUGCCACCGCAUGUCCCGGCGCCCCCUGCCCCGUCCAGACCCCCAGAAUGGUGGGAGCGUGGGUGGCGGGGCUGGCAUCCGUCCUCCUGUCUCGCCCUUCUCGGAGACCGUCCGCAUCAUCAACCGUAAGGUGAAACCCCGUGAGCCCAAGCGCAGCCGCAUCAUCCUCAACCUCAAACAGGAGCUGCCAGCCCGCACCAACGGCUCGGCGCCCACCACCCCGGCGCUCGCCCGUGAUGCCCUCCACACCAAGAUGGAGCAGCUGGAGGAGCAGCUCCUCUCCAAGAUCCUAACCCUGCAGAAGGAGCGCCAGGCAGCCAGCACCCACCCCAGCCAGCAGCAGCACGACAUCGAGAAGGAGCUGAACUCCCUCCAGAACCGGGUGAUGGAGCUGGAGCACGGUGAGUCCUGCUACAGCCCUCCCAACGCCUUCAAGGUGACCAUCCCAGUGCAGAACAACUACAUGUACGCCCGCAUGAAGAAGAGCCUGCCGGAGCUCUAUGCCUUCACCAUCUGCAUGUGGCUGAAGUCCAAGGCCCUGGCGGGGCUUGGCACCCCCUUCUCCUACUCCGUCCCAAGCCAAGCCAACGAGAUCGUGCUGCUGGAGUGGGGCACCAACCCCCUGGAACUGCUCAUCAAUGACAAGGUCGCCCAGCUGCCACUGAGCCUGAAGGACAAGGCCUGGCACCACGUCUGCGUGGCGUGGACCACCCGGGAUGGCAAGUGGUCGGCGUACCAGGACGGCGAGCAGCGGGGCGCCGGCGAGAACCUGGCCUCCUGGCAUGCCAUCAAGCCCCAGGGUGUCAUCAUCCUGGGACAGGAGCAGGACACGCUGGGUGGCCGCUUUGAUGCCACGCAGGCCUUUGUGGGAGAGCUGGAGGACCUCGCCGUAUCCACAGGUGUCUCCGCAUUGCGCCUGCCUCGUUGCAAGAGGCCGAUGCUUGCUGAAAGGAGGAAGGAGAAGGAAUCGGCGCAGGAGACCGCCUCCUCGCCCUAUCUUUUCAACCGGCGCAACUGCCUGUCCUGCUCCUCCCCGAGGAAACCGCCGCCGGCCCGUGGGGCAGCCCCCGGCGGCCUGCCUCCGUCUGUGGCCCCGAAGCUGGGUGUUGAAGUGGCUCCGCUGCAGGAGGCUGGUGCCAGCCAGGCGGCGGCUCUGUCCUGUGGAGGUUGUGGUGGGAACGUCUACACGUCCCAUGGUCCCUUGUGUGAGAGCCGGUAG